AUGUGGCGCAAGGCAGUGAGCAGUAACAUCCCUCUGGCCCGCAUCCCUACAUUGGAUGUCUGUAUAGCUUUGAAAGGCAGGUUGGAGCUUCUGGGGCAAGUGGCUAUUCAGUGUUUCAAGUACUUUUCUGAUAGCAAGCAGUUCACCAAUGAUGAUCGUCGUUGGUCUUAUGUCGAAUAUAUGCCCGCCACUGAGGCCGAUACGAUCCUUGCCGAUCGGCUAAAGAGCAGCGAUUCUUCUAAAAGAUCCUGGGCUUACAGCACUAGACUAAUGCAAGCUCUACAUUACGAUAAGGAGGAGCAUCGACUUUCACAAGUAUUGGGUAGAACUGUGAAGGAGAUUGCCAAUGAACAAAACCCUGUGAGAGGUGUAAAAUGUGAUGGGAACAUUGUGUUAUCUGCCCAUGCCUCCAUUGUGUGGGCCGAAGAGUAA